AUGGCAACCGCGUCGCGACCCCGGACCCCUAGCCGGACCCAGCCUUCCUCAGAAGUUCCUGCCAUCACGGAGAAUGGCAAUGGUCAGUCUAAGGAUCAACGUCGUGCGUCAUCUUUAGGGUUCCUGCGUCGCGCAAAGUCCACUGAGCCGUUGAACGAUCGAAAAUUAUCUGGGAGCAAAAGCAAGAAGAGGUCGCAGGCCCCGGAAGAGGAGCUCCGUCGUCAGCGCGAGGUUAUGCCGAAACUGCCUCCUCGCCUACCCGAUCUCGCACCGGCACCAGCCAUUGAGUCGUUUGGAGGUGACGAACACCGUGACACUCCUCCUGUUCCGUCAAACGAGGCAUUUGCCGGUCAGCAAAACAUUUCCAUCCGCAGCAAUAUGAGUGCUCUCGCGGAGCCCGUCGAUCCCUAUGCGCGCACGGAGAGUAUGACCCACCGUGGACGUUAUAGCUAUGCCAGCAGCGCUGUCAGUACCGUCAACAACCCGCGCAGAAUGAGGAGGCGCAAGGAUCCUACACCAUACAACAUCCUCGUUAUCGGUGCCCGCAAUUCUGGCAAGACUUCAUUUUUGAAUUUUCUCAGAAAGUCCUUGACUAUGCCACCGCACAAGCAUCCUAGCCGUUCUCCUGAAGAGACCGAAGCCUACGAGCGCCAAAUUCCCGCCAACGAAGGCUUUACCUCUCAAUAUCUCGAAACCGAAAUUGACGGCGAGCGUGUGGGCCUGACCCUGUGGGAUUCCCAAGGGUUGGAAAAGAGCAUCGUUGACAUCCAAUUGCGCGGUGUGACGGGAUUUCUGGAGAGCAAGUUCGAAGAGACACUGCAUGAAGAGAUGAAAGUUAUCCGCUCGCCCGGCUUCCGCGACACCCAUAUCCAUUGCACUUUCCUGCUUCUGGAUCCUGUGCGUCUGGAUGAGAAUAUUGCUGCCGCUGGGCGAGCUGCUCAGGGAACUGCUAAAGCGACUGAUACCCCUGUAAUUGGGAUCUUGGAUGAGUACCUGGACAUCCAGGUUCUGAGAACCGUGCUCGGAAAGACCACGAUUGUCCCUGUCAUCAGCAAGGCGGACACGAUCACCACUGCGCACAUGAGCUACCUGAAGAAAGAGGUCUGGCAGAGCUUGAAGAAGGUUAAUAUUGAUCCUCUUGAGAUCUUGACUCUGGAAGACCAGGAGGAGUAUACCUCUUCCGAGAGCGAUGAUGAGGAUGAGAAGGCAGCAGCAGAGGCGACCACCAGCCCAAACAAGGAGCAAAUGGCUGAACCCGCCGUACCGGGCUCACCAUCUCAAGGAAGCGAAAAGACCAAUCGGUCUUCCGGUUCACAGGCUGCGGUCCCUCACCUGCCAUUCUCAACCCUAUCUCCCGAUCGUUACUCCCUAGAAGCUGGGGAUCAGCCGGUUGGCCGCAGAUUCCCCUGGGGUUUCGCCGAUCCGUACAACCCCGAACACUGCGAUUUUCUCAAGCUCAAGGACUCCGUCUUCAGUGAUUGGCGCUCCGAGCUUCGGGAAGCCAGCCGGGUUAUUUGGUAUGAACGAUGGAGAACCAGCCGUCUCAACCGUGAUGGUCUUUCGCCUACACCGCUGAAAAAGGCGUUUGGUGGCCGAACCGGUCCCUCCGACGAUGGCCGCCGGGGAAGGUAG